AAAAGAAGAUUGAGGUUAUAUUAGUUUCACAUUUUAAAUUAAAUCUUCAGAACUUCAGAAGUCUUAUUUAAGUCAAAAUACUCUUGAAAGGUCCUAAAUACUAAAAAAACAAACUUCGAAUAUUCAACAAAAAUGUCCCAUUGUCGAAGAUUAGGUCCUAACAACAAAGAUAUCGUGAUAUUCGCUACAAAAGAAGACCACAAAAUACCAAGCAAAGUCAAACUUCCUGAAGCCCAACCUCCACCAGGACUGAUUUUAGACAAUGGGGACAUCAAUUGGAAUUGCCCUUGUUUAGGAGGAAUGGCCACGGGCCCCUGUGGGGUUGAGUUUAGAAACGCAUUUAGCUGCUUCCAUUAUUCAGAAGCAGAACCCAAAGGCAGUGAUUGUUAUGAUCUUUUUAAGACUAUGCAAGGUUGUAUGCAGAAGUUUCCAACUUUGUAUAAUAAGGAUAUGGGAGACGAUGAUAAUGAUAGUGCAAGUGCUAUGGCCUCGGCAUCAGCUGAUUCAAAUGCGAUACAAAGUAGUGAUGCGAAACAGUUAAAAAGUGGGAGCUCCGUAGAUAGUAAGGAUAAUUAACAUUGGGUGUACAGUUUAUAUUCUUUGUUUGAGGUUCCAUAGUAGAAGACAAUGUUAUCAUUACUAUAGUAUUGUUUAUUCCGGAAAUGAAGAAAUAUAAGUUAAAGUAAAUUGUAAUUGUUUUAUAAAUUUAAUAAUCGGUUGCCAAUUUAGUUGGCAUUAAAAAUAUAUAAAGAUACCACCUUUGGUAAAUUGUACUAUAACUUUUAUAUGCCUAUUAAGUAAUAGCUGUCUUAACUUUUAGAUAUUAGGGCAAAACCAAACGGACCACGCUGCAGCGCUUCGCUGUGGAUCCACAAAAGUAGUUUCCGAUGAUUUACUGUGUGUUUUUAUAUAGAGUGGCAAUCACAUCCCAGACGAGCGAGUGUAGCAGGCCACAGUCGCUCGUCUGGGGUGUGACGGCCACUCUACAUAAGAACCCACGGUAAAUCAUCAGAAACUACUUUUGUGGAUCUACAGCUUAGCAGAUCAGCAGCGUGGUCCGUUUGGUUUUGCCCUUAAACAUUAGUUUUUUUCUUCAUUCUAAAUUAUCUGUGAUUAGUAAUGUAAUUGAGUUUACUCUACUACAUACAGUAUUGUAAGUGUGAACUAUAAUCUUCCAUUAAUGUAGCAUUCCACACCAAGUGACCUAGACAGGAGACAAGAGGUGAUAUAUCUACUUUUUAUGCAAUUAUAUCAAGGUCGUUCUGAAGUCCUAGAUAGAGAUAGGCAACAAACGACUAUCACCUAUCUGUGUCUCUCUUCAAGAGUACAUAGUAGUGAAGUUCGUCACUUCACCAUUUCUGUUUUAGCACUGAUUUGUACUUAAAUGGUUUCUUAUUAACCCUCCGUUACUCGCACACGGUGUAUGAGACCGGGCCUCUAAAUAACUGCCUGUAACUCUGAUUGUAGUGCAUAUUUUCAAUUGCUGCUGCAUAUACCUCUUCAGUCAUCAGUCAACUGUGUGUGAAGUCCAAGUGCAGUGUAAAAAAGAGUAUUGUACUUUUAUUAUUAGGCAAGACCUAUUAAUUAGUCAGGUAAUUAAAAGUAGUAAGUUUUAAUUAGUCAGGUAAUUUAAGGUCUUUUUCUUAUUUUUAAUGUUUAUAUAUUUGUUUAUUUAUAUUUAGAUAUGGAUUACGAGAAGGAGAAGCAAAGAUUAUUAAAAUUAUUUGAGGAAGUAUCGACUGACGAGGAAACGUAUGAAGAUGAUGAUUAACAAAAUUACUUUUUGUUAAAGUAAUAUAAUGUUGACACAAACGCAUAUUUACACAAUUAUAUGAUCAUAUAUUCAUUAAAUAAUAUAAUUGUACACAACUUUGCAAAAAAUUUUUUUUUUCAAAUAUUGCUGACCCAUAUUUUUGGACCCGGUCUUCUGCACCGUGCGCGAGUAUUCGAUCACAAAAAGUUGGCGCGAGUAACGGAAGGUUAAAAAUAAUAAUGUCCAGAAUAAACAUUACUGGUGAGGAAGACGGAUUGCUAAUAGUUAAUGCCUAAGAACCCACCACUAUUUGAUUUUACAACAAGGAUAUUACCAUUCUUUAAAUUGUAAAGUCUUUCCUUUUUGUUUUGUUUUGAAUAUAAAAAUUUUACACUCCCGUUUUCCAUUCGAAACAUGUAAUAGAGAAAUAUAUUGUUUUUUUUUCUUAUUCAAGUAACCCUUUAAAAAGAAUAGUUUCGAAUCCAUUAUAUAUAUGUCCUUUUACUGAAUCUGUGCGAAAGUAGGAAAGGAGCGAUAGUUUACUUAGUGUCUCAGUCUCACCUAUCUGUCUACUGCCUAGGUUGCUUAUUGCUGAAUGCUACCUUUAAGCUACUUGCAACAGAAGAUCUGUAACUAUACCCACAUUUCUGUACUGAUAAGUAAAAAGUCUUAGGUCAAAAACAUUGAUUUUGACUAGGUUUUUUAGUAGGAACGUUAAAAAAAUUAUAGAAAGCAAUAGAAAUCAACUGAUUUUCAUUUUUAUUUUAAAAUUCACUAUUAAAUUGAACUGAGCAUUGAAAUUCAAUCGCUUUCGAAAAUUUUGUUAAAAUUUAUAUUUUAAUUUUGACUUAAUACCUUUUUACUUAUCAGUAUCCAAUUCUUUAUAAAAAGAUGAAUAGACAAAGAUUUUAUUCCCAACUUUAUUGGCAAAAUGAUUAAUUGUGUACUGUAUUAAAGACUUCACCUAAGACAAAGGACACAACUAUCUAUGUAGCUCUUUAGGUGUAUUUGACCUCGAUAGUUCUUAGUAUUACAUUUUUGUACAAGUUAAAACUAUUUAUUUGAAAUUUUGUUAUACUUAAGCAUGUGAUACUGAUUUUCCUUAAGUAUAACGAUGCAAUCAAAACUUCUAAUGUUUAAAAAGAUAUUGUAUCUUGAUUAUUUGAAACUAUUAAUUUUGUAGUAUCCUGUAGUUGCAUUUAUGUAUCAUUAUUUAUGUUAAUAAAUGUAAUUACUUAUA